AUGAUUGAACAUGACCCUGACCUGUCAGCUGUAGCGCAGGAGCUGUGGGACAACGACAUCCAUCGCCUGAGACCUGGGACUGACUACUGCAUAUCUCUGCAAAAUAAAGCAGCUCAUCUGUCAGACCUCAACGAUGGGAAUCAAGCAGCUGGAUCUCCUUUAUUCACAUAUGUGGAUGAAACCAUUUUUAAAAAAGAAACUUUCUUGGCCUUCAUUUCACUUCUGGAUAAUUAUGAGAGUGAUACAGGGGUACCGGAGGUCGUGACCCCGGAGGAGGAGGAGGAGAAUCUCAGGUUUUUGGACUCUAUGAUAAAGACUCCUGUAAUGAAGAUUGUCCAUAACUAUCUAGUAAAGAAGAAACUCUCUGCCUCUGAUACAUCAGUGUUUAAGGAGCAGCUGCACCACAUCUGGUUCGAGCUCUAUGCCAGGAGAGGAUCCAGCAGACCAGACUCUUCAGGGUUCGAGCAUGUCUUUGUAGGUGAAACUAGAGGUGGACACACUGUUAUCGGUUUCCACAACUGGAUUCAGUUGUACCUGCAGGAGAAACUCGGCCAUAUCGACUACAAAGGUUACAGCAUAAAAGUGAAUUCUCCAGAACCUGAUGAGAACAAACACAUCUUAGCUCUUCAGUUUAUCUGGAAGAAUGGGAUCAAGCCCAAAGGCAGCAUCUUCCUGGGAGUGAGCCCGGAGUUUGAGUUCGCUCUGUACACCCUGUGUUUCAUCACCUCUCCUAAUGAGCGUGUCAGAGUGUCCUUCAGUCUGUACGAUAUGGAGAUUGUAUGCCAUCACUACAACCAGAAGCACAUAGGAACAACCUACCCCGUCCUCAUCAGAUACCGAGAUGUCCAGUGA